GAAAUAUACAUUUUCGAGUUAUCAUAUUUUGUAGUCCCUGUUCGGCAGGACAGUAAAAGCAGAGAUCCAAGUUGAACGUCUCUGCCCAGCAAACAUGCCCGUGCGGGCCCACUGCGGGUUUUCUGUGGGACAGUGGGGGCAGAGCAAACCCACACUAAACCCAUGCUUGCUGGGUGUGGAUUUGUCGUUAUGAUGUAGGUAAGAUGUGCAAAAUCUCCAAGUCACCAAGUCCAUGAAUAACCAUGAAUAAAACCGCCCAGAAGGAGGCUAAAUCUACUUCUAGUGACAGUCAAUCAUUCCCGCAGGAUCUGAUGAAGACGUCGUCUGCUGAAGAUGAAAAGAGCGGCUGUUGGUGAGACCCAGAGCAGUGUAUCAGCUGCAGAGGAUCUUCAGACCUACAGCAGGAGAGAAUGGAAAGGCAACACCACAAAAAGUCUGCUUAUCCGAAAGGGAUAUGAAGCAAUAGCCAGUGAGUUCAAUCUGUGCAGAGUGAGAGGUGAUAACUAUUGUGCUCUAAGGGCGACUCUCUUCCAGGUGCUCAGCCAAUCAAAACAGCUUCCUGCCUGGUUGCACGACUCUGACAUUAGUAAGUGGGCAAAAGAAAUGCACUCAGAUUUUAUUACGGAGUGGCAGUUUCCAUUUGAAACUAGCAUGAGCAAAUUGCAGCAUCUUGAACAAUGUCUGGAGCUACUGAAGAAUAAGUGGCAAGAGGCUGUCCAGUAUAAAAGUCUUGAGGACAGGGAGCACAUGUGCCAGCAUGUGUUCAGAGGUCAUGAUGAAGAGUAUGAGCUUCUUGAAGCGCUGAAGUUCUUGAUGCUGAGGACUGCCAUUCAGUUGCACUCAGAUAUGGAGAAGGGCUCUGACGUACCAGAGUUCUGCUGGCUCCUCUUUGCUCGUGACUCGUCUAAAUGCCCCAAGACAUUUUUCACCAACCACCUCAGACAUGUAGGGUUUAGUGGUGGGCUGGAACAGGUGGAGAUGUGCCUCCUGGGUUAUUCCCUUCAAGAGAUGAUCCAGGUUGUUCGGCUGUACAAGUGUGAUACUGAAGAGUUUAUUACAUACUACCCGAACGACCACAAGAAUGCCAGUCCUCUAUGCUUGCUUACAGAAGAUGACGGACACUAUAAUGUACUCGUCCCCAAAAAGUCCUCCAAAUUUGAUGCAUAUGGUAGACCAAAGUGGAAUCAAUCUUCAGGUGGACAACCAAGCAUAACGACCUGUCUUUAAAGAGUAAAUGGCAAGGAGUUACAAUCCUUCAUGUUUUCCACAUGGCUGUUCUUGAGUUUAUGUUUUGGGAUAUUUUUCUUUCAUGUUUUAAUUCUUAUAAAUUUUAAUAUUUGCUUAUCUUUACUUUUCUACCUAUGUAAUUUUAAAUAAGGAAAAAACUAUACAUUUCUUAAUAAAUUCUGUGCAAAAGUUUUAUGAGACAUAGAAUGGGAGGUUUGUAAUGUUUUUUUAUUUAGUUGAUAAUUUGCAAAGCAAUUAUUAACUUUGUAUGUUACAAUAAAAUUCAACUGUAA